CGUCUAUAAAAGCUCCGCAGAUUCUGACAUCUCUUCUGAACGUCACUACGAUGGGUCUCAGUAGGGUUGGCUGCGUCGUCUGCGGGUUUCUCAUCUACAGCCCUAUACCAUCAGGAUCCGGGUCCUGGUUGAGAGAAUUUCGCGCAAUCUAUUCAUGUCCAUCAGGCACCUUCGUAUCUGGUGUCGGUUGCCAUGAGGACGACACGGAUGGUAUAUGGAUCGCGCCGUCUGAUUCCGCCAUGCGAUGGGACGACGAUCAUCUUUUUCCUGUGAUGGAUGAGAUUCCAGUUAUGCGACAGCAUCCCCUGAAUGGUCGCCAUGGCUUUAUACUUCAUGAAGCUUGCUGGAACCUUCUGCAGAGAGCCUUUCAGCCCAGCGAGAUCCCUCUCAAGCGGCUGCUCGAGGUCUGCGAAUCAUUACCAUUUCCACUUCGAGGAGCCGGCGUAUGUUGGGGCCACGACUACGGAAGCCUCCUCGUCCUCGACCACCAAGACCAUUAUCCCUGGGAGGACCGGCUCAUGGCGGAUAACGCUCAAACGAGUUUAUCCGCCAAUGAGAACCCGUACAACGUGCCGGAGAUCGCUUCAUUACUGGUGAUACGUCAAGAACACCCACAGGAGUGGUUGCCUAAGACACAACAAUAUGACUGCUUUUCAAGGCUCCCAUGGGAGAUCCUCGAGGCUAUAGCCAUUGAGUUGUCUACUGAUGAUGCCCUAGGCCUACGCCGUGUUUCAGGGGCUUUCCUGCCCCUUCUGUCCAGUAAUAUCUUUUGGGCGUCUAGAUUUGAGGCUAGGAGCGACCGCGGUUUUCUGUUCGAGAAGUGGAAGAGUCAAGAUGUUACGGAUUGGCUGAGUUUGUAUCGGCUUACCAGUCAGACUCAUAGCUCACCUGGAUUACAGAAUAGAAGGAGAAUCUGGAACUUAAUCAUGCCACUUACCGAUUUGCUCAGUCUACGCCUUGCGGAAGAUUCACAGACGGCCUGCGUGGACCAAAAUGUUACCUGUCUGAGAUGGAGCAAGGUAGCAGGAGAUAUUAAGGACGAGGCAUCUGACGGGCACCCGAGAGACUUCAACGAAGGCUGCCGACUCUUUGGCACACAUCUUGCCUACAUACCCAAAGAUCUCUCAAAGAUUAGCUUCUCAAUCAGCAGCAUCGGGAAUGUCACCUAUGUCGCAGGCAUACGCCUCAUAACUGAGAAGGGACCCGACAUAUGUCUUGGGUUUGUAUCCGAUGACAAGCAAGUCAUCCGUGAAGCCACGUCACUGGGAGGAUUCAUUCUAGCAGUGGGCUCAAGAGGAAUCCAUGCCCUGCAAGUUGUCAGCAAGGACGCAAGCCUAUCGGAGUGGGUUGGCUGUCCGAUCAACUCGCCCAUAGCAGAGCGCCUCGCCUGCUUCAACUCUAUCGCUGCCUUGGAAGUGAGCUUUGAUGGAUAUAAAAUAGUUAGUCUCGGAGUUUUGGAGAACGUCUCGCCUCCUGUCCAAGCACCGAAAAUGCAUGACUUGUCAUUACGAAAAGAAGCGCUAUGGUAUCCUAAGGUGCCCGAACCUGGGAUGUGCCUAAACGCAGAAUCAUUUACGGGUGAGAAUCCAUCAAGUACUGGAUACCAACCAUUAUUCUGGAUCCAUUUCGGCGGUCCGGGUGGUAGCUACCUCGAUCAUGUGACCGGAGUUUCUGUCGACUGCCCAAGGGGCCUCUACAGUUUAGAGUUUCAUUACGAUACAACUUAUGGCCCCGCUGGAGCGUACAAGCUUGGCCGUUCCAAAACUACAGACGUUUCGAAGAUCCUGAAUUUCCCUAUUGAUGGCGCCGGUGGUGAGCUCAUAGAAACCGUCGAAGUCAAUCUCGAGCGAGUUCAAGUAGAAAAUGCUCCUAGUUUCCUUAAACAUGGAAAAUUAAACUCUAUUAGGAUCACGACAAAUCGCAAACGGUCCUUCCAUACCGGGGCCUUGUCAGAUAGUGCUACUCUAAGACCCGUUUCGAUUGCUUCCGGAACUACCCUUACAGGUUUUUAUGCAAGUCAACACCCAGAGUAUGGUAUUAUCAGCUUAGGUGCAAUUUCAGAAGUCAUUGAUAGCACGCAGGAGAGUGGGUCUAGUAGUCGCUUGUAUUCAUAAUGUGAACUGUUUCUUAAAUGAUAGCAGACUCUAUUUAAUGGCCAUUGUACUGCCAGC